AUUCAGGCUGGCCUUAAGCUCACUUUGUAGCCCAGGCUGGUCUCGAACUCGCAACGAUCCUCCUGCCUCAGCCUCCAAAGUGCUGGGAUUACAGGCAGCCCUGAGCAGAGCCGUGGUGGGAGCCCUCCAUGCUGCCCCUGGAUUGCCUCUCAUAGCUGGGGGCCAGAGUGCACCCCUGCCCAGCCCAGUGACCUUCGCCUGUCUGAUCCCUGGUUAAUUUUUGCCCUGCCCAGCAGCUGUGGGGCUCCGCCUCCCUCCAGAAUAUAAGCCUGGUUCUCAGCUGCUUCUUCCUCUGAGGAGCCCAGCCACUCCAGCUCCCUGCCCACCCGCACCAUGGCCAAGGGCUUCUACAUUUCCAAGUCCCUGGGCAUUCUGGGCAUCCUCCUGGGCGUGGCAGCCAUCUGCACCAUCGUUGCCCUGUCUGUGGUGUAUGCACAGGAGAAGAACCGGAAUGCCGAGAACUCAGCUGCAGACUCCGCGUCCUCCACCACCACAACCACUGCCCCAGCCACCACCGUGGACGAAAGCAAGCCAUGGAACCGGUAUCGCCUACCCACGUCUCUGGUACCCAUUUCGUACCAGGUGACACUGAGGCCCUAUUUCACCCCCAAUGCACACGGCCUGUACAUCUUCGAGGGCAAAAGCACAGUCCGCUUCAGCUGCCAGGAGGCCACCAACAUGAUCAUCAUCCACAGCAAAAAGCUCAACUACACAACCCAGUCAUCCACCGGGCAGCGAGUGGCCCUGCGGAGUGUGGACGGCUCCCAGCCCCCAGCCAUCGACAGGACCGAGCUGGUGGAGCGCACCGAGUACCUGGUGGUGCACCUGCAAGGCCACUUGUCGGUCGGCAGGGAGUACGAGAUGGACAGCCAGUUCCAGGGGGAGCUGGCUGAUGACCUGGCGGGCUUCUACCGCAGCGAGUACAGGGAGAACGGCCAGCUCAAAGUGGUGGCCACAACACAGAUGCAGGCCGCAGACGCCCGGAAGUCCUUCCCCUGCUUUGAUGAGCCAGCCAUGAAGGCCACAUUUGACAUCACCCUCAUCCACCCAGCACACUACCAAGCCCUGUCUAACAUGCUUCCCAAAGGCCCUAGCGUGCCAUAUCCAGGAGAUUCCAGCCUGGUCAUCACAGAGUUCAAGACAACACCCAAGAUGUCCACCUACCUGCUGGCCUACAUCAUCAGCGAGUUCCACUCCGUGGAAUCAAAGUCGCCUGAUAAUGUCAUGAUCCGGAUCUGGGCCCGGCCCAGUGCCAUCGCUGAGGGCCAUGCUGAAUACGCCCUUAAUGUCACGGGCCCCAUCCUGAGCUUCUUUGGCAAGCAUUAUGACACCCCUUACCCUCUGGAGAAAUCUGACCAGAUCGGUCUUCCUGACUUCAAUGCUGGCGCCAUGGAGAACUGGGGGCUGGUGACCUACAGGGAGAACUCGCUGCUUUUCGACCCGGAGUCUUCCUCCAUCAGCAACCAGGAGCGGGUGGUCACUGUGGUUGCGCACGAGCUGGCCCACCAGUGGUUUGGGAACCUGGUCACAGUGGCCUGGUGGAAUGACCUGUGGCUGAACGAGGGCUUUGCCUCCUACGUGGAGUACCUGGGUGCUGACUACGCAGAGCCCACCUGGAAUCUGAAGGACCUCAUCGUGAUCAAUGAGGUGUACCGUGUGAUGGCGGUGGAUGCGCUGGCCUCCUCCCACCCACUGACCAGCCCUGCCGGGGAGAUCAACACACCCGCCCAGAUCAGCGAGGUCUUCGACACCAUCUCCUACAGCAAGGGUGCCUCGGUUAUCAGGAUGCUCUCCGACUUCCUGACAGAAGACCUGUUCAAGAAGGGCCUGGCGUCCUACCUCCAGGCCUUUGAGUACAAGAACACUGUCUACCAGGACCUGUGGAGUCACCUGCAGAAGGCUGUGGACGCGCAGUCAGUCAUCAAGCUCCCUGCCUCAGUGAGCACCAUCAUGGACCGCUGGAUCCUGCAGAUGGGCUUCCCGCUCAUCACCGUAGACACCAGCACAGGAGAAGUCUCCCAGGAGCACUUUCUCCUGGACCCCAACGCCGAAGUCACCCGCCCCUCGGACUUCAACUACCAGUGGAUUGUGCCCAUCUCGUCCAUCAAAAGUGGCACGCCGCAGACUGAAUUCUGGCUGAACGGCGUCAAGAAAGCCCAGGAUUCAAGGUUCCAGACAUCAGGCAACCAGUGGGUCCUGCUGAACAUCAACGUGACGGGCUACUACCUGGUGAACUACGACGAGAACAACUGGAAAAAGAUCCAGGCUCAGCUGGAGUCCAACCCCUCGGUGAUCCCUGUCAUCAAUCGGGCGCAGGUCAUCCACGAUGCCUUCGACCUGGCCAGUGCUCAAAAGAUGCCUGUCACGCUGGCUCUGGACAACACCCGGUUCUUGAUCCGAGAGACAGAGUACAUGCCCUGGGCUACAGCGCUGAGCAGCCUCAACUACUUCAAGCUCAUGUUUGACCGCACCGAGGUCUACGGCCCCAUGAAGACAUACCUGAAGAAGCAGGUUGAGCCCCUUUACUUGUACUUCAAAGAACUCACCAAAGAGUGGAGCGUGCGGCCCCCAACGCUGAUGGAGCAAUACAAUGAAGUGAACGCCAUCAGCACCGCCUGCUCCAACGGGCUCCAGGACUGUAAGGAGAUGGUCAAAAACCUUUUCCACCAGUGGAUGAAUGACUCCAAAAACAACCCGAUCCAUCCCAACCUGCGCACCACCGUCUACUGCAACGCCAUCGCCGAGGGGAGCGAGGCUGAGUGGGACUUUGCCUGGAACCAGUUCCUCAACGCCACCUUGGUCAACGAGGCUGACAAGCUGCGGUCGGGCCUGGCCUGCAGCAACGAGGUGUGGAUCCUGAACAGGUACCUGAGCUACACCCUGAACUCCUCGCUCAUCCGGAGGCAAGACGCCACCAGCACCAUCAUCAGCAUCGCCAGCAACGUGGCGGGCCAGGGGCUGGCCUGGGACUUCGUGCGCAGCAACUGGAAGAAGCUGUUUGAGGACUUUGGUGGGGGCUCCUUCUCCUUCUCCAACCUCAUCCAAGGAGUGACCAGGCGGUUUUCCACCGAGCACGAGCUGCAGCAGCUGGAAGAGUUCAAGAAGAACAACCAGCACAUAGGCUUUGGCUCAGGCACCCGGGCUCUGGAGCAGGCCCUGGAGAAGACGCGAGCCAACAUAAAGUGGGUGAACGAGAACAAGGAGAUCGUGCUGCAGUGGUUCACCGCCAACAGCCAGUAGUCCCGGUCCUCAGGGUCGCCUGGCCCUGGGGGAGGCCCAGGACUCUGUGGUCUGGCAGGGCUUCCAUUCUCGGAGGACAAUGUCCAAUCCUCAAAGACAAAGUCUCCGGUCUGUGGGGCCACCAGCCCCUACCCCUCAUGCCAGCACCACUCCAGGCCUGGCCUAGUACAUGUCGCCCUGGGCCCCAGGGACUGAUCUCAGGGAAGCCCAGCUCCGUGGUCAGCUGGGGUAGAAGCCCUCAGUGGAUGGCCUAGAGGGACCACCGUGACAUCCUCUCACCUCCCACAAAGACUCGAACCUGAAUAAUCAACAGGGCAUCAGAUCUGUAUACUUUUUUUUUUUUUUAAGAGAAAUUGUAAAUAAAGGAUUUCUAGAUGA